UCCCAAGUGCUGGGAUUAAAGGUGUGUGCCAUCACUGCCUGGCUCCAAGAGGAUUCUUAUUAGUGUAAGAGUUGGGCAAAACCACGCUAGCACAGUGUGUGCCCACCUGCCUUGUACAUGUCUACACAGGUCAUUGGUGUUAAUAAAACACACUUUCACCAUCAUGUGCAUUUCAUCAGGGCCUAUACACCGAUGCCAGCCACAUGCAUGAACUGUGACAUAUAGACAAUGAGACGUGGCUGGUGUAUCAUAUGGGUAUACAGUCACCUAGGCCAAACACAUGUUCAUUAGUACUUACACAUAUAAUGCCAAAGAAUAUACCCAUUAGUGACAUUCACAUGUGGUGGCUUCAUGUACAUAAGACACUAACCGCGAGAUCAUCAAGAUCUCUCUGGAUUGCCACAUUGAUGAAUUGAAAAACAUUUAAUUUGUGUGUGUGUGUGAAUGCUGGUGAGUGUACCAAUGUACUGUGGUGUGCAUUUAGGGCCAGAGAACACCUUGCGUGGAGGAGUUCUCCACUUUGGCCACGUGGUUACUGGGGAUCAAACUCCAGUGGUCAGGCUUGGUGGCAAAUGUCCUACCCACAGAGCCAUCCUAUUGACUAGGAUUGAAAAACAAAAUGUGUUUUUGAUUGCAAGCCAAUUGUAGAUGUAAUUACAACCCCAGCAACUGGAAGAGGAAGGACCAGCUUGAGCUAAGACUCUUACCAGAGAGGAAGCUGUCUCUUUAUAAUGUAUAGACUUUGCUUGUUAUUCUUGUGAUUUCCUCAAUAGUACAGUACAAUUAUUUUAACAUUCACAUCGUAUUAUAAAAUAGGUAUAAACAAUCUAGAGAUGAUUUAAGGCAUGGGGGUGGGGUGGGGCUGGGCUGAGGAUAUGGUUUAGUGGUAGAGUGCUUGCCUAGCAUGCAAGAGACCUUGGGUAUACAGAAGGAUGUGUAUAAGCCAUGGGCGGAUAUUUCAUCACCUUACAUAAAAGGACUUAAGCAUUUGAGAACUUAGUGGGGUAUCCUGAGAUGAUCUUAUAGACAGUCCCCUUAGGCAUGGAGGGGUGAGAAUAUAUAUACAGAGACUGCGUGCACAUCAUGCCAGGCAAGUUUAUCAUGUACAUAGAUCAUUGUAUGCCAUUGUACAUUAUUAUAUGACAAUGUAUGUCAUAAUGUGUUAGUGCUGUAUAAUGGCAUGAUAUCUGUGAUUUAUAGCAAAAUGCAAUGAUAAACUCAUACGUAAUUGCAUGCACAUAGACAUUGUAGCAAAUAGACAUACAAUGACACAAAACCAUGCACAGAUAUAUAUCCAAUGAGAUUCAUAGACAAAAUAGCACACAUACAUGCAGUGAUCUCCAUGUAUACACAGACAUACUAUGCAUACUCUUCUAUACAUACAUGUAAUAUGACAUGCAUAUGCAUGCUGACUGAAAGUUACAUGACAUAGCAUGUGUACUGAUGUUUAGACUGCUUUAGAGAAAUGAAUGUUACCUUCUCUCUUAUGCAACUCCAACCCCUACCCAGUUCCAUUGGCUCUGGCCUGGGUGGAGCCUACUGUCUGGGUGGGGGGUGUUCUCUAUGCUUUAGCUGCUAUUCCAUAGGGGUGCCACAUGAGGGCCCUCGACCUUGGCUUGUCUUGCGUCUAGGAGCAACAUUCUUAUCUCUCGAGAUCUAGGUGCCCCACAUACAGGCAGACACCUAGGUUGGGGCAAUUCCUAUGUCCUUGUUCCCAAAAGCCAUUUUUUUUUCAUAGCAAGUAAAUAAAUAAAGCCUAAUGCUAGACAGAAGAUGAACUUCCUGAUGGUUGAGGGAAAAUCAGCCCAAAAGGUCCUGUCUUAUGAUCUCUCCUGCUAGCCUGUGAAGGCUGGGCUGUCCCCCAAAUGUGAUCUGCCAUGGGGAAGCUGAAGUCGUUUUUCAGCCUAUUUCAACACUCUGUCCUUUUGCUCGUCUUUCUAUUUUCAGACUUUUAUUUCUUUGUUUUAUUCCAAAUCCCACCAUUUCAGCUCUGUCCUUUUCUACAGCUAGGUCUCUGUCACAUUGUUCUAUCCCCAUCAGUCUUGCCUGAAAGGAGAGGACUGUCUCUACUCCCUUUCCUCUGCACCCUGGAAGUGAGGGUCUGUGGGGUCAAGGGGAUGAAGAGGCCAUGUUGGGGGGUCCGGAGGGGGUAGCUUUCUAACCUACCAUCCAGUAAGGAACCUGCUCUUUCCACUGUCCCGACCCUGCCAGCUUGCCUGCCGGUCCAGCCCACCAGUCCAGCUCCAUCGUCAUGGAAACCAGCAGCUGACUUCCUAUUGGUGGGCAGGAGGGGAGGAGGAGGGGGAAGGGAGGGAUGAUGAUGCUCCCCUGCUCCCCACUCCCCAUUCUGAGGCUCUGCCCUCCUUCGUGCCCACCAUCUCAUUUGGGGAGCUCCGGGACCGCGAGGGACCCUUGCAGUCCCUCGAGCUGAGACUAGCUGAGGCAGAGACUAUGAGGCAAGCCGCCCAUCGACCCAGGCCUCCUUAGGACCGCCCAGCCACCCAGCAAGCAACUGAUCGGCGGCAGCCAGCGGAGAGAAAAGCUGGAGAUAAAGGACCACAGUGGAUCACUGGGGAUCAUUCCCAGGAACUCCUGCGGACCCUUUCCAGGCAGAGUGGUCGUGAUGGGUGGCCAGACUCACAGACACUGAAAGACACACGCCACUACAGAUACACCGGGCUUUACAACACUGAGACAGGACCGGCGACAGCAUCACACACUGCCACAGCCCUGCAAUACAGACAGCCCCUACCCCCACGCAGAAACAACUGGUAACUCUUAAAUAGGCACAGACAGUGACACAUAGCACCACCCUUCUCAACAUACACAAGUCGGAGUAUUCAUCCUCCAAUCACAUAAUAAAACAUCACUGACCUGCAGGGACAGACCUGGAGGCACACGUACAUAUAUACCUUCAGCCAGGCACUCCUGGUGGUGGUCUCUCACCCCCCCACACACACCCCGUACACACACACACACACACACAAGAGAGAGAGAGAGAACCAUGAGCAAACCCCAGCUCCAGUCUGGCAACCCCGAUACCUUCUGAACCCUCCUUCGUGGGUGGGAAGAGCUCAGCCAACCUCUGAUGGACUCGGUGAAGCCAAACACUUACAGGGAGAAUGGUCUAGUCUGGCAUGACCCUUGUCAGUCUUCCCGCUGGUGAUGUCCCCAGGUCCAGGUUCGGGGGCCCCUUGCCGAAACCAUGGAGCAACUGACAACCCUCCCACGGCUUGGAGACCUUGGAGCCAUGGAGCCAUGGGCACUGCCUGCCUGGCAGCACUGGACUCAGGGCCAGGGGUGCAAACCUGGAGAUGCAUCUCCAAGCAUUGCUGGUACUCCGACAGCUCUGCAGGUUAAAGGAUUGAGGUUUGAAGAGAGUUCCAAGCCUGAGGGAGCUCAUAGCCCUGGACCUGUCGGAAAUACUGAUCCUGAAGCAACAGAGACCGGGCUGCCUAAGCUGGGGCAGCAAGCAGAGAGCCCUGGGUACAGCUGUUCCGGGCUGGAGGAGGAGGAGGCACAGGCUUAUAAGGCCAAGUUCAACAUAGGCUUCGGGGACAGGCCUAAUCUGGAGCUGCUAAGGGCCCUGGGAGAGCUGCAGCAGCGCUGUACCAUCCUGAAGGAGGAAAACCAGAUGCUGAGAAAAAGCAGCUUCCCAGAGACGGAGGAGAAGGUACGGAGGCUGAAGCGGAAGAAUGCUGAACUGGCAGUCAUUGCCAAGCGCCUGGAGGAGAGGGCACAGAAGCUGCAGGAAACGAACAUGAGGGUGGUGAGUGCCCCUGUGCCCCGACCCGGAUCCAGUUUGGAGUUGUGCCGUAAGGCUCUAGCUCGCCAGCGAGCCCGAGACCUCAGUGAGACAGCCAGUGCACUGUUGGCCAAGGACAAACAGAUUGCUGCCUUGCAGCGGGAGUGCAGGGAGCUGCAGGCCAGACUCUCUCUGGUGGGCAAGGAAGGUCCCCAGUGGCUGCAUAUGCGGGACUUCGACCGGUUGCUGCGCGAGUCCCAACGGGAGGUGCUGCGGCUGCAGAGGCAGAUCGCCCUGCGCAACCAGCGGGAGCCGCUCCGGCCUGCCCGGUCCCCGGGUCCUACUGCCCCAUCUAGAGUAGGGGCGCCGGCCCCCGGGGCCCCGGGAGAGGCCGUACUUCAGGAUGAUGUGGAGAGCCCACAGGUAGUCCUAAGGGAACCAGAGAAGCAGCAAAGGGUGCAGCAGCUGGAGUCUGAGCUCUGCAAGAAGCGAAAGAAAUGCGAGAGUCUGGAGCAGGAAGCCAGGAAAAAGCAGAGGCGAUGUGAGGAGCUGGAGCUACAGCUGAGGGCAGCCCAGAAUGAAAAUGCCCGCCUGGUGGAGGAGAACUCUCGGCUCAGUGGGAGAGCCACAGAGAAGGAGCAGGUGGAAUGGGAGAAUUCGGAGCUGAAGGGACAGCUCCUGGGGGUGACACAAGAGAGGGACUCGGCCCUUCUUAAGAGCCAGGGCCUGCAAAGCAAGCUGGAGAGCCUGGAGCAGGUGCUGAAGCAUAUGCGGGAGGUGGCCCAGCGCCGGCAGCAGCUGGAGGUGGAGCAUGAGCAGGCUAGGCUCAGCCUGCAGGAGAAGCAGGAGGAGGUCCGGAGGCUGCAGCAGGCCCAGGCAGAAGCCAAGAGGGAACAUGAGGGAGCCGUUCAGCUGCUGGAGUCUACCUUGGAUUCCAUGCAGGCCCGGGUUCGAGAGCUUGAGGGCCAGUGCCGAAGCCAGACUGAGCGUUUCAGCCUUCUGGCUCAGGAGCUCCAGGCCUUCCGUCUGCACCCAGGCCCUCUGGAUCUGCUUACUUCAGCCUUGGGCUGUAGUGCCCUUGGGGACCACCCGCCCCCCCACUGCUGCUGCUCUAUCCCUCAGCCCUGCCAGGGGUCCGGCCCCAAAGAUCUUGACCUCCCACCGGGCUCCCCAGGACGCUGCACCCCCAAAUCUUCUGAACCUGCUCUCACCACCCUUACUGGAAUCCCUCGAAGGACAGCUAAGAAGGCCGAGUCUCUUUCUAAUUCUUCUCGCUCAGAGUCCAUCCACAACAGCCCCAAGUCAUGUCCCACACCAGAGGUGGACACAGCCAGUGAGGUGGAGGAACUGGAGGUAGACAGUGUUUCCCUGCUCCCAGCAGCUCCGGAGAGUCACUCGGGAGGAGCCAGAAUCCAGGUCUUCCUAGCACGCUAUAGCUACAACCCCUUUGAGGGUCCCAAUGAGAAUCCAGAGGCCGAGCUUCCUCUGACAGCGGGCGAGUAUAUCUACAUCUAUGGUAACAUGGACGAGGAUGGCUUUUUUGAAGGGGAGCUCAUGGAUGGCCGAAGGGGCCUGGUCCCUUCCAACUUUGUAGAGCGCGUGUCUGAUGAUGAUCUUCUGUCCACCCUCCCUCGGGAGCUGGCUGAUUCGUCGCACAGCUCAGGCCCCGAGCUCAGUUUCCUGAGUGGAGGCGGGGGUGGUUGCAGUAGUGGGGGCCAGAGCAGCGGGGGACGUAGCCAGCCCAGACCAGAGGAGGAGGCCGCAGGAGAUGAACUCAGUCUGAGCCCCCCACCAGAGGGACUUGGCGAGCCUCUGGCUGUGCCUUACCCCCGACACAUCACGGUUCUCAAGCAGUUAGCCCACAGUGUGGUGCUGGCCUGGGAGUUGCCUCCUGAGAGAGUAGAUCUGCGUGGCUUCCAUAUCUUUGUCAAUGGGGAACUCCGUCAGGCCUUGGGGCCUGGGGUGCCCCCCAAAGCUGUGCUUGAAAACAUGGACCUGCGGACUGGGCCUCUCCAUGUGUCUGUCCAGGCCCUAACCAGCAAGGGCAGCUCAGACCCUCUGCGCUGUUGCCUGGCUGUGGGUGCCGGGGCUGGGGUGGUACCCAGCCAGCUGCGGAUCCAUCGGCUGACAGCCACAUCUGCUGAGAUCGCCUGGGUGCCGGGGAAUAGCAACUUGGCCCAUGCCAUCUACCUCAAUGGAGAAGAGUGCCCACCUGCUCGCCCCAGCACAUAUUGGGCAACCUUUUGUAACCUGAGACCUGGCACACUCUAUCAGGCCCGAGUGGAGGCUCAGAUCCCAUCUCAGGGGCCUUGGGAACCAGGCUGGGAGAGGCCAGAGCAGAGAGCUGCUACCUUGCAGUUCACCACACUUCCAGCAGGUCUGCCUGAUGCCCCACUGGAUGUACAGGCUGAACCAGGACCCUCUCCUGGAAUCUUGAUGAUCAGUUGGCUCCCUGUCACCAUUGAUGCUGCUGGUACCUCCAAUGGUGUCCGGGUUACAGGCUAUGCCAUCUAUGCUGAUGGGCAGAAGAUUAUGGAGGUGGCUUCCCCCACAGCAGGCAGUGUGCUGGUGGAGGUGUCCCAGCUGCAGCUGUUGCAGGCCUGCCAUGAGGUGACUGUACGCACUAUGUCACCCCAUGGCGAGUCCAGUGACUCCAUCCCGGCCCCCGUUGCCCCAGCCCUGGCUUCUGCCUGCCAGCCAGCCAGGAUGUCCUGUCUCUCACCACGACCAAGCCCAGAGGUCAGAACACCCCUUGCUUCAGUCUCCCCAGGGCUUGGGGAUACCAGCUUUCCCCUCCGGCAUCCUGUCCCCCAUGGAACUCAAGAUUUCUCUGCAAGUCUUUCCAUAGAGAUGUCCAAAGGACCCCAGGAGGAACCUCCAGUCCCUUGCUCUCAGGAAGAGGCUGGGGCAGCUGUGCGGAGCAUCUCAGAAGAGAAGAGGGCUAUCGAGCCAACUCUGGGCCAGGAAGGCCCUGAGCCUGUGGCUCCUUCCCUGGCUAAGCAGGAAGUGGAGUGCACUUCAGGAGAUGCUGGCCCUGUACCUUGCUCCACCCAAGGAGAGCUGACCCAGAAGAAGCCAAGUAUUGAAGCCUGCCAUGGGGGAGAUCUGGACUCCGGGCUGAAACUUAGAUCUGAGAAAGAAGAUAUGUCAGAGCUUGGAGUUCACCUGGUGAAUUCCCUUGUGGAUCACAGCCGCAACUCAGACUUAUCAGACAUCCAGGAAGAAGAGGAAGAGGAGGAAGAAGAGGAAGAGGAACUGGGUUCCAGGCCUUGUUCCUCCCAGAAGCAGGUUGCUGGCAACAGCAUCAGGGAGAAUGGAGCCAAGCCCCAGCCAGACCCCUUUUGUGAGACUGACAGCGACGAGGAGAUCUUGGAGCAGAUACUGGAGUUGCCUCUCCAGCGGCUCUGCAGCAAGAAGCUGUUCAGCAUCCCUGAGGAGGAAGAGGAGGAGGAAGAGGAGGAAGGGCUGGAGAAACCAGGGCCCAGCCGCACUUCCCAAGACCCUAGCCAGCCUGAACUUGCGUUGCUAGGGCCGGGCUGUGAUAGCAGUCAGCCCCAGGGACCUGGCCUGUGUCCCUUGUCUCCUGAGCUCUCUGGGGUCAGGGAGCACCUGGAGGAUGUGCUGGGAGUCGUUGGUGGAAACGGCAGGAGGAGAGGAGGUGGCUCCCCGGAGAAACUCCCAAACCGCAAGCGACCUCAGGACCCCCGAGAACAUUGCAGCCGGCUUCUUGGCAAUGGCGGGCCCCAGGCCUCUGCACGGCCGGUCCCUCCACGGGAGAGGGGCAGCCUCCCUGUGAUUGAGGGCACCAGGGUUGGACAGGAGCCCGGUGGGAGAGGGCGGCCGGGUCUUUCCCGGAGGUGUCCCCGUGGCCCUGCUCCAGAAUCCAGCUUAGUCAGCUGCCUCUCUCCAAAGUGUUUGGAGAUCAGUAUUGAAUAUGAUUCUGAGGAUGAGCAGGAGGCGGGCAGCGGGGGUGUCAGCAUCAACAGCUCCUGCUACCCCACAGAUGGGGAGGCCUGGGGCACAGCGGCAGUAGGAAGGCCCAGGGGACCUCCGAAGGUCAAUCCAGGCCCCAACGCCUACCUGCGCCUCCCAGCCUGGGAGAAAGGGGAGCCAGAGCGGAGAGGCCGCAGUGCGAUUGGCAGAACCAAGGAGCCACCCUCCCGGGCAACAGAAACUGGGGAGUCCAGAGGGCAGGACAACUCUGGGCGGAGAGGACCCCAGAGGAGAGGGGCCCGGGUGCCUAGGUCUGGUACCACUGAGCUGGCCCCUCCAAGGAGCCCCCAAGAAGCACCACCUCAUCAGGACCUGCCUGUGAGGGUCUUUGUGGCUCUGUUUGACUAUGACCCUGUAUCAAUGUCACCGAACCCUGAUGCCGGAGAAGAGGAACUGCCCUUUAAGGAGGGCCAACUCCUCAAGGUGUUUGGAGACAAGGACGCUGAUGGUUUCUACCGGGGUGAGAGUGGGGGCCGUACAGGCUACAUCCCCUGCAACAUGGUGGCUGAGGUGGCUGUGGACAGUCCAGCAGGGAGACAACAGCUGCUCCAGCGGGGUUUCUUGCCCCCAAAUGUUCUCACCGAGGCCUCAGGAAAUGGUCCCUCUGUGUACUCCUCAGCACACACACCCGGGCCUCCCCCCAAGCCUCGUCGGUCCAAGAAAGUGGAGCUGGAAGGUCCUACACAGCUCUGUCCAGGUGAGAAGCCAUCUUUGGGCAAGUGUCUGGGAAGAGGUCCUCCUAAGCUGAUUCAUUCUGCUGCCCAGAAAACCUCCCGACCUAUGGUGGCUGCAUUUGACUAUAAUCCUCGGGAGAACUCCCCCAAUAUGGAUGUGGAGGCAGAGCUGCCCUUCAGAGCAGGGGAUGUCAUUACUGUGUUUGGGAACAUGGACGAUGAUGGUUUCUACUAUGGGGAGCUGAAUGGACAAAGGGGCCUGGUUCCAUCCAACUUCCUGGAAGGCCCUGGGCCUGAGUCAGGCAGCCUAGAGUCUGGGACAUCUCAAGCCGAGAGUCAGGACCCCAGAAUCACCAUACAAGGGCCUCCAGUGCCCCCAGGCUGGCACUGUGCCCUCAGCUCUGGAAGUUCCUCCAGGACCAAACUGGGGGAGUCACAGAGCAUAGCUGAGAAGAAGCAGGGUCUCCUCGCCAAAGCAAAGGAACUUCUCAAAAGGCUGGGCUCCAGGAAAGACUGAGGCUGCCGUCCGUCUGUCCUGCAGACAGAAGUGGCCCUGGAUCAACUCACUGGCUGGACAGGGAAACCCAACUCCUGAUCUCUGAGCAGACUGGCACUCAAAGGAGCCCAGGGGACCUGGUGAGGGUGGGGUUACCUGCACCCUUAGUGAGGAGUCCUCUAGAUGGGCUCUUCCAGAGGGAACUGAGCCCCAGAGUAAGUAAUCAAGCACCAAGCACUGUCAGAUCAGGACUGGACCCACGCCUCUGGAUUCCCAGUCUGUUCUCAUCUACUCCUGCUUUGCUACCACGCUCUGUAGGUCCCUUCUUGGCCUUCCCUGCUCCAAGGAUAGGCCCUGGGUGGAGAUAGGGACCACUCUAACGAUGGCUCUGGCUGUCCUCCCGAUGGAUCGUUUGCACUGGACUGUCCCCUGGGGCGGGGGCAGAGCCAUGUACAUACUCAGUGUAUAUAUGUCCAUACUCAGUGCAUAUAUGUACAUACUCAGUGUAUAUAUGUACAUACUCAGUGCCUCAGUCCAGGUCCUCCCUCUGCUUCACCGCACAGGCCAGGGGAGGAGAAAGGCCAUGCCAAAGCGGGCCUGACCCCGCCCCAUAGUGCUCCACCCCUCCCUGCCCAGGCCACCUGGCCUCUGUGUGAUCCCAUCCUCUCAGACCCAGGGGACCAGGGGGCAGAAAGCAGGAGUUGGGUUUGCCUUAUUUUGCUCAUUGGAUUCAACUUCUCUCUUGCAUCAUUUUCUUCCAGUCCCUGUUGGGUCCAGGGGCUGAGGGAAAGGACGGAUUUAUGCAGCUAUUUUCAUACAUUCCCUGUUCAGAGUGGGUAGGGGUGUCUCCCCUCACUCUAACCAUCCCAUCCUUCACCCCUUGUCUGGGCGAGUCUCUUUGCAUGUUUUCUUCGCUGUGGUGGGAGAUGUUUGAUUGAACCCUCGCCCCCUACCCUGGUCUCCAGGGGUGUGGGAUAGUGGGGGCAUUUGUUUAAAAAGACAUUUUACUAUAAUAAAGUCUAUUUUCACAAAAUUGA